CGCGCAUUUCAUCUCAACUUCACUCCCUUUUGUCAAUUUUCAUGUUAUGGAAAUGGGAAUGCGUUGAGAACGCCACUACUGCUUCUUUAAUUUCUCUGUUUUAAAUAAUUUCAUUUCUUGAACUUUCAAUGCAUGUAAAAAUAGAAACGUGACGAUAGUAUGAUUCAUUAAACUUUUGCAGUCAUGUGAAGGAAUUUGUAGGAGCCGGACGGUCAAAGGAAGCCUUUUGCGUUUCCGAUUUUGACAAAUAAGAUUUCUUUCAUUAAAAACAUUGACUUUAAAACCUAAAAACAUCUGUGAUAAAAGAGAUCCCAUUAAAUGUCUGCAGUAUCCAACAGGUUAAUAUUAUGACAAUGAAUUUGAGGCCAGAAAUAAAAAUUAAACCUCACAGUGCUUCUUUCUCAAACUUACAAAUAAGCGAAUCUUUUCAGCAUUUCCGCUCUGUGAGUUACUUUGAAGCUGUGACCAAUGCAUCUCUUUCUGGAUCUCAUAAGUCAUUUGAAACGCAUUCUUACAUGGAUAAGUCUAAAGUAAUGCGUAUGCCAUCUAUCAGCACUCCUUGUACGCCAAAAAAGAUUGAGAUUGAAAAAUAUUCUACUUUACCUGUAACUGCAAAUGGAGAAUCCUCUUUUGCAGGAAAGAAAACUAGAAGUUCUAGUCUCUCCAGUUUCUUUCGUAAGUUCCGACCGAAGUUUCAUCGCCACUGCUCCGAUGGUAAGAAUCCAUGGAUUGUGAUAGAAUUUGCUCCGCGUAAUGAUCCAGAUGCUUCCUCAAACAGCGACAAAAGUGAUAAUUCAAUUGAGUUGGCAGUAAAAAGCAAGGCACAGCAUUUUACCUCAUUGAAAGAUUUGUCAGAUAAUCCAGGAAGUGACAUAUGUAACUGUGCUUUAAGCAACUCUAGAAGAGACAGUACACCAAAGUGCAAUUUAAAUUCUAGUAAAAGUUCGAUAAAUUUCGACAACUGUAACAAGUACAAGUCAGAAGGCUCAAUUUUCUUUCGACUUUCACCUCGAAGAAGACUCGAAAACCUCAAACACAUGUUGAAGAACUUUUCAAAGAGACGCAAGUUUCGAACAUCAACCUCUUUGCACUCACUCAGUUCAAGAUCUUGUGCAUACAAAAGUGAAUCUUGCUUAAAAGAUUACAAAAUAGCAAGUGGUGCUUUUUCUAGCUUUAGUCAGGUUGAACAUGGAAGAGCUUCUUCACCAAUAUUUCAUUUUUGCAAGCAAGCAAAAAAAGAGAAUGUACAGAGCUUGAGACAUUCAGCCGAUAUAAGCUAUCUUCUGAAAUUACCAAACAGUAGAAGCUCAAAUGCCAGUCUUUCAUCUGUUCUAGAAGACAGCUCUGCUCAGAAACGAGUCCAGCCACCUAACACUUUAAGCUUGUCCAACAAGGCAUUCCAUGACCAGCAGAUGCUCAAAAUCUAUAGAAAGAUGGCAUCCGUUGAAUCCAUUGGGGCAUGCUCUUUAGAUUUUGAAGCAAGUGCCACUGAUAACUUCAAUGCCAAAGACCUCACUGCUUCCGAAUGUACAUUGCAUAGCAAUGGUAUUACGUCCGUCCAUGAAAAUUCGAGAAAUGGCGAUGCAUUACAUGAAGAUAUAUCAUCAUUAGAAAAGAGGGACAUAUUUGACAAACCCCCUCUAUCUAAUGGUUUCAAACCUGGUGAUAAGCAAGAAUACACAGUUGCUGAAAUCAAGCUUCCUUCUUAUGUGAGCAUUAGCUGUGCAAUCAACGGUUACGCAAAUUACGGCCGUUUUUGUCGCAGUCGAGAUAACAGUCCAGCUCGCUCUUCUUUCAGAAAGUCAAGUCUUGAACCGAGCAUGCUCGCCGACAUGAAUCGUAAAGAAUCAUAUGAAAGUCACAGGUAUUCUCGCAGCCAAUCGGAUUGCAAUGGUACCAUGCAAAGUGUGUUUACAGAAUCAAAACGUGUCACUGUAAGCAAGCAAAUUCAGAUACCCUUGAAAUCUAGUAUUAAGUACACUACUGAAGUAACUCUAACCAAUGGCCAUACAGAGAGGACAGUAUCUAGUAGUAGUGUUACCAAGGUUGUGACUAAUGGACAUUCAAAUGACUCUCUUGUAUUGGCAAAAGAAGUUGGAAGUGAUGGGACUAAGUCAUUGGUUCAGCAGAGAAUUGAAAGUUUGUAUGGAAAAUCUGUUGGCGAUGAAAUUAAAGUGAGUGUCAAAAAUUCUCAUAAAAACAAAGAUACUCAUGUAAAUGGUGUUGAAAAUAGUAUUACUUCAUCAAGUCCAGUUCCUAAUGGGAAAAACCAUACAGGAUCUGUCAGCCCUCCUGUCUUUAGGCAUCUGAAUGAGGAUUUCCGCAAACAAUUGCAAAUGAACAUUCCUAAAAAGUCAGAUUCUGAAAAAAUUUCUUCAAAACCAAUUAAACUUCAAAAUGGCUCAAGUAAAGAUUUCAUCCUCAAAAAGGAUGAAGUUUUCUCGCCCAUUCAAAAUGGUAUUGGGCAUGAUGAAUGUGAUAGAAUAAAAUCAAUGACACCUCCUCCAAUUAAAUCAAAAUCUUCAUUUGACAAAACCCCUCCGAUAACUAUUAAUACCUCAGAUGGAGAAGAAAAAGAGGGUUAUAAAUUCUUAAAUCUAAUAGACGUAGAAAAAGAAAAAAUUCAAGCCCAAAUAAAGCAAUUGGAGGAAGAAUUGGCCACAAAUACAAGCUUGUCUGAAGAAAUUUCUGGAAAGAUACGAGCUGCAUGUGGCAAGGCAAAUCUUUUGAUUACUCAGAAGUUUGAACAAUUUAGGGGACUAUGCUGGAAAAAUAUUGAGGAAAAUCCUAGUGUGCCUUUUUAUACAACUGCUUCUGAUCUUGCUGGAUUUUGGGAUUUAGUGAUGCUUCAAGUUGAUGACAUCAACAGCACUUUCAAAGAAAUUGAAGCCAUGAGACAAAAUGGCUGGAAGGAAGUUAUUUCUGAGAAGCCUGCGAUUCAACCUGCUAAAGCUCGUCAUUCCAAAGUGAAUGCCGUUUCUAAAUCCAACCCCACCACUCCCAAGCGUUCUGCCAAAUCUUCAGAAUUAAUGAAAGCACGAGAAGAAGCUCGCAAACAGCUCCUAGCUGCAAAAAAGAAAGGAAGACAACAAACUUCUGAUGAAAAUGAUAUCGCCAUCUUUACUCCUGCCACAUCUAGUUAACAGCCUGGAUAAAUGUGUUUUGUGAGAGUUCCAAGACUCAGGGGAAUCCAAUGCUCACUUUAUUAACAUUUUCUGACUAAUAUUUAUAUUAUAAAUAUUGGCAUUGUAUAAUUAAUUUUUCCAUAUUUUGGCAGUUUGAUUCUAAAUAUCAAUGUUGGAAAAUAGAUGGGGGUGGGGGAGAAUUCUUUCUAUGGUAUUCUUAAGAUGGAAAAAAUACUCAUUAUGUUAAAGUAAUAGAAAACUAGUCAUUCGUUGGAGGAAGCUGGGUGGAGAUAUGAAUCCUUUGCCUCUGCCACUUACCCCAAAAUUGUAAACAAUUUAAAUUAUUUUUACAAUAUUGGAUAAUUAGAACAAUUAGCUUGACUUAAUCAUAAUAAGUAUUUCUCGGGAAUUUUCCCCUCUCCCCACUCAAUUGGAACUACAAAGUAGUCUUUUGAUAAAGGCUUUAAAACUAAAUAUAAGCAUGUUGACAAAUGAAUAUACUUUUCUUAAUAUUUGGAAACUAAAGUGAUUAGAUAUAUCUGGUUUUACUUAUAAAUAAGUAGUUCCUAUUAAAAUAUAUAAAAGUAGAUUAACUAGAUAUAAUGUUUGAAAAUGUUAGUUUCUGAAGACAUAUUCUUUUUCGACUUCUAUUGCAGCUAGUGUAUAUUUACCAUAAUUUGGUGAGAAAGGAAAAUUGAGGUCUUUGGUUGUAAUGAGGAUUGGGGCAGGGGCUUAUUUUAAUGCACAUGUGAAUUAUUAAAUGUUUAGAAAUUUGUUUUUUGAGAAAUAAUAAAUUGAUCAGUCUUUUGAUUUCUAAAAUAACAUUAGGCUUCAGAAAUAUUCUUUUUUCUAUAAUGCAUCCUAAUUAAAGUGACUACAAAUGCAAGUCUGACUGAACCCUGGAAUUUUAUAAUCAUUUGUCUAGGUUGACCUCUCCUUCACUCUGGUAUUUUUUUAUUUUCAAAUUACAAUUCCAAAAUAAGAUUUGUAGUUAUUAAAAGCAGACAACACUACCAACACAGCCUUUAUCAACAUUCAAUUUUCUGACUGGCAUUUGCUACUAAACCUAUGAUAGUUACAGGUUCGAUUCAGCCAAAGGUCUUUGAAUGCAUAGAAAGCUGUUGUAUGCUAAAUUUGAUGUUGAAGAUCAAAUGCCCUCCUUUUGGAAUGACAUGAAAGUUUAGCAAAAGAGUAUUGUUCUCAUUUUCUGACUACAAUUCAAUAUUAUGAAAUUCAUCCCGUUAGCCUUUGUGAUUAAAAACUUAUUUAAAAUAGAGUGUUAAAAUAUAAUAAUUGUAUCUGUGAGAGAUCUGAAUGAUCAAAUUGUGGUAUUUACAUGCAACAUUAUAAUGGGCCAAAUUAGCUGUAAACAUUGUGGAUGUGCAUAUCUAAAUAGAAAUUUUAGGGAUAGUGCCAAGAUUUUUUUAUCUAUUGAGAAUAUAGCUCUCUCUUUAUAAAUCAUCGCUUUUCAAUGACAUUUACUCGGGAAUUCUGUUAUGAUCAGUAUAUUUCUUUUAUUUUAAUCCUUCAGCUGCACGUAUUGGAUUCCCCCUUAGAUUAUUGUGUAAUUUUUGGGUGAUAGAUUUGUUAUCAUUAUAUGUGUCAAAACACUUUUUUUUUAGUUUGUAAUUAAUUUUUUUUCCCUGAUAAGAUAUUUGUUAUUUUCUCCUUCACUUUGGAAUGUAUACUUUCACUGAAAACAAUAAUAAUCAUAAGCACUUCUCCUGUUUGUAAGUGAUUGAACUGUUUUGUAAAUAUUAUCAUUGUUAACCCAUGUACAUUAGGUUCUAUGGUAAACUCAAUUUAUUUCUCUAAUACUUCCAGUAACAGCCAUGAUAAUAGAUUGUUUCAAAAUAUUUAAAUUUGUGAUUAAUGUUUUUAAAUUGUAUAUAGUGCGGCCUUUUUUUACUACGUGCAAUCAUUCUCAAAGGUAUAUAGCUUAAUAAAUCUCUAGAACCAAUUAUAAUACAUAGUUUUAGGACUAUAAUAAUCGUAACUUGAUUAUUCAAGUAUAUAGUUCUAUUCCAAUAAUUAAUUUCCGAGAAACUAAAUAGCUUUAUAAGCUUAAUAGUGGAUUUAAUGUUAACUAUGCAUAAGAUCCUUUGUUUGGUUUUAUUAGCUUUACACAUGUUCAGUUCACAUUUUGAUAUAUCACAAUUUAAAUUGGCUUUUUAAGUGUAAUGGUAUUUUCCAAAAAUGAAAAAAUAUAUAUACUCUUGCCAGUCAUCAAAUAUUUUGUGCGAUUUUUUUUAUAUUCAGAGCUUUACCUGUUGAAAUCUGUAGUUUGAAGACUUGAGAUUGAUGCUUGCCUCAUAUAUACUUUUGUAGGAAAGUUUUUAUUAUGCAUGUUUGCUCUUUUCAAAAAUAUUAAAUUGAAAUUAUUACCAAGUUUUGAUAUACUAAAAUAUGUUGUUUUAUCUAUUUAUCCUAUAAAUCAUAAACAUAUUUAUUAAGAAAUUUCUUCGUUUUUAUUGGCAUAUGAAAUUCUAAAGAUUGCUAAUUUGUCUUGUUGCUUUCAUUCAUAGUUUAUUGUAAAAUUGUUGUAGUUGGACUGAGCCAUUUUAUUUCUUUAAUUUUAGUAUAUAAAAUUUGCUAUAUUAAAUUAUUUAAAUGGUCACAGUGAUGUGGAGUUUUGUCAUGUACGUUAAUAUAUAUUUAUUAUUAAUUUAAAAAUUUAAUUUUAGCAAAAUCAAUAUUAUCAAACUAUUUUGUAUUUUCAUUGUAUCAGAAUCGUUUGCAAUUUAAAAUGUAAUAAAUACAUGAAAAUACUAACAAAGUUUAAUAGUUGAACUGAAAUUUAAAAAUGUAUUUCCUUAAAUGUUAUUGAAAUUGUAAAACUUCUUGGCGAAAGAAUGCAAGUAAAAUAUUAUCAUUUGUAGGAUUAUUCAUAUAAUAUUUAUUAAUUGGAAAUGGUACAUGAAGGUUAAACUAGAUCUUAAUUUGAUAAAUAUUUUUGUAUCUCUUGUAAGUUAUAAAAAAUACAGCAGAAAUCCAGAAAUUGAAAGAAAAUUAGAUGUUGAUUUUUAAUUAAGUAAAAAGAUUCUGUUCACUAUAAAAAAAAAAUGCUAUAAACAAAUAUAAAUAAAACUAUGCAAUCAGAAAUUUUGAAUUUCUAGUUAUUCUCUUUCUAUUGCUAUCAAAGUUUUAUUUUAAAAAAGAUUCUUGCAAUAAUAUGCAAAUAUUUUGUUCAUUUUAUGAAACACAUUAGAAUAUUGUAUUCUUAGUGUAUACAGUUAAUUGUUGAGAGUGCCAAUUUUUUUAACUACAUUUUUUAACUUUGAAUAUUAUUGAAAAUUUUUAUGAUUCCACUUUUCUCAUUUCUGUAUUUCAUUCUUCAAACUUGUUUAACUAUGCAAAUACACUAUUCAUUUCACAUGUAUAUUGAAUGCCAACUGCUGUUUGUAGUUAUCUUUCAUGUGAAUGAACAUUCAAAAAUUGCUGUAAGUACACUUUUUUUUUCUUCUUUUUUUUUUGAAAAAUAUGAAA